ACCUCAUACACAGAUACCUAUCCGCAAACACUGAGUCACCAUGACUGAGAGAAAUGUGAAUGCAGGAAGAACUGCUUUCAGUGCCAGCAAGUGUUUCUAUAAGAAAAACCUGAAGCCAUGAAGCAGAAGAGAACAUACGUGAAGAAGUUCCCAGUACAAGUUACAGCACUUCUGAAAAUAUAAGAAGAUUUUAGAAUACAAGGUAUGAUCUAUCUGCUGGACUCCUUGAUACACAAAUUGUUUACUGGAUAUCACUCUAAUUUUUGAAUCUGAAUUGCCUCUACUGAGGGAAACAAGUACAAGAAAUAUUAUAAGACAACCUCAUCUAAGCAAAGCAGAAAUAUACAGCACAAAAGCUGCAUUGCAGAUAAAUUUCAAGUGAAAAUAUUUUUCUUUCUCCUGCAAGGGUUAAACAUGAUCAGAAACUGUUUUAAUCUCAAGGAUUUCACCUCAAGCGCCUCAUUUUUGUUUGCCAUAAGCCUAUUAGAACACUCUUCUGUUUCCUAGCAAUAACAUGUAAUUUUUUCCUCCCCUAUUUAAGCAAAAGAGAUGUUGGUUUUUAAUCCUGAACACUACAGCUGUCGCUCAAGUUUCCUAUUCAAAUGCAAAUAGCACGUGGUGCUAUUUAAAUACGCAUGUAAUCUUUGAAAGAUACUUCAGGAAAAACAGGAAAAAGAGAAGAGCAACGUUGUUCUUAUCCUGUUUGUUCUGGAAAGCAAGCGUGUGACAAUAUGCUACUGGCAAUUCGGACUGGAAAUCUCUGUAAGGUUUGCAGUAUCCAGCAUUCACUCUGAUUUGGGGAAAAACACCCAACUGAAUCCAUUUACAUUUCUUGCACAGGUCAGAGUUUUCAUCGCUGGAACAAAAUGCUACCAGAGGGGGGUAAAAAUGUAAUAGAUGGGGCUAAAUAGAAGCACAGACGAUAUAAUUUUACUCUGUGUUCAUUUGGCAGUGAUUACUUUCCUUGUAAAACUGAGCUUAAAGGAGUUUUUCUCAGAGGAUAUGUUUUGUUUAUUUCUUUAAAUCAAUUCAUACUUUUCUGUAGAACCAUAUUUUCAUUUAUAGUUUAACUUUCAAUUUCUUUAUCAUUUUCCAAACUAUUUUUUUCUGUUUUGGCAGUUUUUCUUUGUCAUAUGGAUGUUUAAACAAAUGAUUUGACAAGACUGAUUCUCCGGGAAGCAACCAACAGGGGUACUGUACACUGUCUGUCUGAGACCCUAUCACUUUUGUAAUUAAAAGCAAUAGAAGUCCUGAAUAUUUCAUACUAAGGACAAUCAAUCCUGGGGAAAAUAAUGUGGAUUUCUAUUGGUUUUCUUUUGCUUGAAAAUGUAUAUUUCCUUUUUAGAGUAUAGAUAGUUUAGAUAAAAGAGUCUUGAUUUUUUCAUCAUAUUCUUCCCUUUUUGAGGUGACAGUUUUACUCUCUGGGUUGCAAAGGAAACUAACAUCUGUUAAAUCUCCACCAUAGCUGGGACUCUUUCUUGCUUGUAAUUUGAUAUCGUUGCUGUAGCAGCCCUACUUGUGCUUUAAUUUUAGUACAGGUUUUCCAAAAAACCCUAAAUGACACAAACAACAACCUAAAACUGUGCAGAAGAAAGUGACUACUUUUUCAAGUAUUUCUGAGGAUAAAUUUAUAAACUUGUGAAAAAUUCCAUGGAGGGCAUACGAGAGGUCAUUUAUACACUCCUUUUCUUUGAAUCUGCAGAAUAAGCAUAAAACAAGAAUUCAGUAGAAAACCAAACUCCCCCAACAAGAAGAAUCAUCUGCCUGUGGAUAAAUAUUGGACUUAAAGAGUGAAUCAUUACAAAGAACUUUGGGAUGAACAGAGAGAAUUAAAUAGUUUCCUAGGAUUUGAAAAAACUUCAGUAAAUUACUUUUCUACUUUCUCUGAGAAUGUGAGCGGGCGUUUAUAAUACACAUUUCCUGUAAAGAUAAGAGACCCCCCCCACACACACACCUCAAGAGACAAACUACAUACAGGAGCUGCUUUGGUUGGUUGGGGUUUUUCUUGUGAUGCUCCACCCACUCUAGCUUCUUCAGGUGGGUGUGGGCGACCAUCACCCACAAAGAACUGAGAUAAGGUUCAUUGUUGGAUAGUGAACCUGCUGCUGCUGCUAACCGGCUGGGAGCUUGCUGACAAAAUGAUGGAAGAAAUCUCCAUAGUGGUGGCCUACAAUUCCCAUAUAUUUAGCCAGCUGCAUGAUGAAGAUUUUCUGGCCAGUCUGGUGGCAAUCAGCAAACCCAAAUCUGUGGUGCCCACAAAGAAGCUGAAGAAAUAUGAGAGAGAGUAUCAGACAAUGCGAGAGAGUCAGCUGCAGCAGGAAGACCCAAUGGACAGAUACAAGAGGGAGAACCGCAGGCUCCAGGAAGCCAGCAUGCGGCUGGAACAGGAGAAUGAUGACCUUGCCCAUGAACUUGUAACGAGCAAAAUAGCCCUCCGAAAUGACUUGGACCAGGCUGAAGAUAAGGCAGAUGUUCUGAACAAGGAGCUUCUCCUGACUAAACAGAAACUAGUGGAGACUGAGGAAGAAAAGCGGAAGCAAGAAGAAGAAACUGCCCAGCUGAAGGAAAUCUUCAGGAAACAACUAGAGAAGGCGGAAUCUGAAAUAAAGAAAACCACUGCCAUUAUUGCGGAAUAUAAACAAAUUUGUUCCCAGCUGAGUACCAGGCUCGAGAAACAACAGACAGCAAGUAAGGAGGAACUGGAGGUUGUGAAGGAGCUGGAGCACCAGAGAGGAACCCUUAUGAAUGAAAUCCAAGCUGCUAAAAACUCUUGGUUUAGCAAAACCCUGAACUCUAUCAAAACGGCCACGAGCACACAGCCACCACAGCAGCCUCCACCAUCCCAGCCACCCAAAGAGAGCAGUACAUAGUUCCAGCCAGAUCCCAGGCACAAGAGCACAAAGAACAAAGCAACUGAAACCCUGGAGGAUUUCCCCAGGGGGGUCUCCUCUUGGGGAAAGGACAAAAGACAGGAGUGCAGGCGUUGAAGUGAAAUCCUUCAGUGUCUUUACUCAUUCUGGUGUGACCCUUUCCAAAGGGAAGUUAUUUAAAGAAUCCAAUUUUAUGUUGAAUACUUAUUUCCCACCUGCCUUCCUGAAAGCCAUGUUCUAAUACCUUCAUCCUUUUACACUUUAUUUUAUAUGCUUAGAUGUUAAGAUGGAUAAUAAUAAUUCAGAACUAAGUGUUCAGUAUGUGAACUAAUUAUAACUACAAUUAUUUUUAUCUUGCAUAAAACAGAUGUUUUCUUUUUGGGAAAGAAGGAGGGUAGCAUAAAUCUUGUCAAAGCAAGCACAGUAUAAUGCCAGGCUUUAUACUCAUGCCAUGGGAUCAUCUCAAGUUUACAGUGGUGUUUGCAUCCUGCAGAGAAGCAUUUCCCAUUCAUUGUAAGUCUUAAGUCAUAGCCAAAAUAGUCUUGUGCUCUCUCUGGCAUAGCACAAGUGUUUAUAGUCUUCCCUGCGAAUAUUCUGUGUGUUUGAUUUUGGCAAUUAGUUUCCUGCACAAAUUCAAGGAGCGCAGGUCUUCCAGAUGCUGAGUGGCAGCACUAGUUUAAUUCUUGUGUGUCGCGCCUGAACUGGAAUUUAAAGUGAAAUCUUCUAGUCCCCUUCUUAUUCUGUUUUAUUUUCAGAACUGGAGAAAUGAUUCCCUCCAUUAGAACAAAGGGAAGGCUAUAUUACUUUUUUUUUUGGGGGGGGGGGGGAGGGAGGGGAAAUAAGUAGUUUUGAAACCUUGCUUAGUUUUGACAUUCUAUCUAUUACCCCUGUGCAAUAAAAGCGUGGUAUCUUUUUUUCAGCGUAGUUGGUAGAAAUAUUUUCACAUGAAACAUUGGGCCAAGGUUUAAGCAUUGGUCUUGGCACAAAACUGGAAGCGUCAAAUCAAAAAACUCUCUUUGCACAGGAGAAACAAACACCAUUGAAAAGUUUAUUUGCUUUUGACACUUUAUUAGGGAACCCUAAGUUGCUGUAUCUUUUUUUUAAAGGACAAAAUAUUAAAAAUGCAAGAUAAUAGACUUUACUCAUGAGGUAAACUUUUCUGAUGAUUAUUCCUGAGUCUGUCUGGAAACAGGAUUGUCUUGUUUUAUAUCUCUAAGUUAAAGAAGUGCAAAAGCAGUUGUGACAUUUUUUUGAUUGAACAUAAAUGUUUAUAGAAAUACUUAUUUCAUGAAAAAUUAAACUAUUGCUUAAACUGAUGGAAAUAUUUUUAAAUUAUAUUUAACAUGUCUAUAAGAAGGUCUCACAGAUAAAUAUUGUUGCUGGACAAGAGGUUAGUUGUGCAUUAAGUUUCCCCAUGUUAUAAAAUGUUCCAGGGACAUUAGCCCUGUUUUGAUUUUAACUUUAAGUAAUGUAAUAUCUUAUCAGCUCUGUACAAUAAAGUUUGAUACUCACAUCCUGCUUCAUUUUCAAGCAUAUUUUCAGAAGAUUUUUACAUGUAGUACAAGUUUAACAUUUACCCUGUGCCAAAUGAGACAUUUUGAAGAGCAGUCAGCUGUUUGAAAUAGAGAUCAAAAUGUAGUCACUAUCCUUAGGCAGCAAAAGGCCUGCAAUUUGGUGAUGUAGGUUCUUUUUUCUAAGAACAGAGCUGAAUAAAGAGUUAAGUUCCUCUUGUUAGAAUGGUUUAUAAACUUACCUGGAAGAAAAGUGUUUUGUCUAGAUGUUGUUACAGAGUGGAACCGAAAUAAGAGGGUUCUUCAAAUGAAACCGAAUUUUGGCAUACUUUUCAUAAUCAGCUUAGUGCUAUUAAUAUUUAUCUGAAUAAAGACCAGUGUUCCUAUCCAGUGGAAUUACUAAUUUCAGCAUUGAGAUGUCACUGGCAAGUAAAUUAACGAACUUGAACUAAGUUAUGUAAUAAACUGGAGGUGACAAUUGUAUACAAUUAAAUACAUUAUUGUAGUACUUGGAGUACUGUGCUCACAGCCAACAUUGUUACUGGUAUCAAACCACCAGUUUUGUCCAAAUUUCUCAUUUAAAUUCCAAUCCUUUAAUUUAAAUCAUGCCUACAGAUUGAUUUAUACUGUUUUCCAAACAAGGUCUUCAAUGCAGUAUAAACAGAAAAGUGAAUUUAAUGGCACUUUUUGGUAUGUCUCCACUCACAAAAAUGUUUGCUACCUGUAAGCUAUGCUGAGCCCUUACAGUUAUUGGAGAGGAAAUUGGAGUCUAUUUUGCCUUCACAUGAUAGCAAUAAAAUUAUCAGUCAAGUACUGAUGACAGAAUCUUCACUCCUGGUAAUGAUCCAAGAGGCUUGAUUUCCUACCUCCUCCCCCACCAUCCCAGGUUGAGUGUCUAUCACCUCUAAGUAGAAGAAUGAAUAACAUUUGACUUUAAAAACUGUAAAUCUUGUUUGGAAUCAGUGAAAGAACAAAUAAAAUCACUUUCCUGACUGUAAUGACAGUGACAUUCAAUAACAUGGAAAGCUAACAAGAUUGUAGGGUUACAAGAUAGGAGGUAAAAUCCAACUUCCUGGCUGUAUAUACAAAUAACCUAACAUUGUCAUAAGGAUUAAAAAAAAUGGGUUUUAGUUGGCCCUUUCAGUGGUAAAAGACAGAACCGGGUACAUGAUGGAAAUGUGCACCUUCAGCGUUGGCUGAUAUACUGUAUGUGGCAAAGGCUGAUGUUUGCAUAGAUUUUUUUUUUCAAUGGGAAACUUCCUGAAUUAAAAGUCUCACUGAAGCUAAUAUGUAUCUGUUCAAACAGCACUGAAACAGUUAACAUAACUCAAAGUGUGGAAGUAUUUUUUUUUUAAUUCAAUAUCAAAAUGCAUGCCCAGUUCCAACAGUUGUACUAAAGGUAACUUGUGUCCGUCCAUAUGUAAGGAGCAAGCAUUAUUGGGGAUUUUUAUUUUUACUUCCAUUCAGAACAAGUAAUUCUGAAAUAUGGCCUUAAUUUCACAAAGAAACAAUUCUCUGUAAAAUAUAUAUUUUGGUGCCGUUAUUAAUCUUGUGGAUACUAGUGCCUCACUGAGGUGCACAAUGCAGAAAGAACAAGUAAAUUUUUUUCACUUCAUGCAGAAGUUUUUUAUUUGGGUGAAACACUUCAUAGGAUAAAUCAGGUUGGAUUAAUUACAUUGUACAUCAAUUCACUAAUCAUAUCUUUGUGGAUCAAAGUUGAAUUUAUGUAAAACCGUAGUGCAUACUUCAUAUCACUUUUAAAAAAAUGUUGAAAAGUUAACGACUUGCCUGCAUUCAGGUAAACUGCUCAAGGUUCAUAUGCUUCAGUCCUCAGUAGAAGGAAAGCACUGAACCAUGUACUCAGUAUAGCCAGCUGACACACACAUCCCAGCCUCUGCCCUGCUCAUUAGAUUGUACAUCUUCCCAUUUGCUAUAGCGAAAUUAUCUUUAGAUAACCAGAAAAAUCUUUUUGUAUUAUAAGUUGUAUGGCGGGACUUUUUGUUUAGCCAUUGAAUUUCCUGUUUUAUGCUAGCAUAUUUUGUUUUAUUCUCUUAUUUCAUUAAAAAGCUAUUUUGAAGCAAAAAGCAGGUGUGGGGUAUCUCUGUUCACUAGAACAAGAAAGGAGAGUCAGGUAGAGCAGACACUCAUCCCUUGAUACCAAAGUAUAUUAGUCAUAGCAGACUCUUAUAAUCUAAGUAGAGACAAAUACAUUACGGAUUUAGGUUUUGUGGCAAACACCUAGGGUGAAAUCCUGGCCCCAGUAAGACAACGGCCAAACUCCCAUUGACUUCAGUGGGGCCAGGAUUUCACCCAUGAAGUUGAGUUUGUGAUAUGCUGACUAGCCUUGGUGAUAGUGCUCUUUAAUAGAGUAGAAAAACUGCCUGUACUGGCCGCUACAGUAUCAUGAUUUACAAAUUAAGUAUGAAAAAUCUUGUUUUCCUAAUGCCACAACCUCUCGCUAGGAAGUGUGUAGGGCUGAAUUCUGACAUCCCUGUACUGAGUAAUAUCUUACUGAACAUGUGAACUUUGUCAUAUAAUGGUAUGUUAUUUUUCAUCUCCUAGAGAAGCCUUUAGUACAUGUUUUACAUUUUGAAGAUCGAGGCAGUGGUUUUAACUAAGAGCUGAAUGACAGUUCUCUUGAACCCACAGCAGCCAUCAGUGGAUGAUGCCUUGUAAAGUAGUCGGUUGUUCAAUAGCAGGCUUUACUAGAUAUAUAGCAUUGCAUAUGCCCAUAGAUGUAACGUAGUACCGUACAUUUUCCUCUUAAAAAUAUAGCCUUUUUCUAAACUUCCUUUCUGCUUAUUACACUAACCAUCCCAUGGAGAGCUGUCCCACUAAAAAGAGGCAUUUCCAUCCAAAUAGUGCUAAAUGCUCACACACUACAUCCCUUUCACUUUGAACUACUCAAUAUAGAAAAUGUCGCAAGUUGACUUCUGAACACCCAGCAAUGCACCGUCUGAAACUGGGCUAUGAUACAUAGAAAGCAUCCAGUUUUAAAGAGAUUCAUAAUGAGAACUAGAAAAUGGACCUUUUAAGGGCACUACACACGAGAACUAAUUACAACCCUACCUUUCCUAGUUCAGAGGCCUGCAGAACAUCAGUUCACAACCAUUACUCACUAUUUACAGGGUUGCCCUUCAGGAAUACAGAGCUAUCAAUUUCUUCCAGACUCCCAGUGGUUUGCUAUUGAAUGUAUGUCAUGCCCAUUUUUACCUGGAAAAAAUAAGGCUCAAAAAUAAGAACUUUAUUUCCUUCCCUUAUUUUCUUAUUCAGUGAGACUUGUUUUUAUUUAACCUGUAAAGGAGCAUAUAUGCAUCUUUGGAAACUAUAUAUUAUAUAUAGAAUAAUAUAUAGGAAACUGAAUUAGGAGAUAAAAUACAUCAGAAGGGUCUAGUGUCACAAAUUUCACUCAUGUGAUUUGAUAACCACCAGAAUCCUGGGCUGUACUAAUUUCCUUUCAGUUUCUCUUAUUUUUGUAUUUUAUAUAAUACAUGGAUCUACUACCAAUUCAUAUAAACAAGAGAAAAUGUUAUUGGCCUCUGCCUGAUUCUCUCCUUUCAACCAUCCCCUGGAGGAAACUAAUGUGGAUGAGGUUUUCAAGAAUUGUAUUGGGAGCUAUUUCACUUAGAACCAUCACCUUCUCUUGGAACUCUGGAGAGAAUCUUCUUUAUAGUUUAAGUAGAAAAUGCAAUGAUGUCAAGAGCAAGCAGAGAUGGGCCCUAUCCAGAUCCAUAGUUUUCCAAAGUUUAAAGGGGGUUCAGUUCCAGGGGUUUUAUUCAGCCUCUUGAAACAGGCAUCAGCUGCAAAGCUUGGAUCCAGAGUGAGGGUUCCCCACCUGUUGGGGUUAUUCAGCUGCACAGUCUUGAUUUGGGUCCAUCCCUAAUUAUAAAGAGAAAUACAGUGCUAGUGGACUAGGGAGAUACAGGGGCUUUGUUGUGUUAGACUUAUGAUUUGGGAACAUUUUUAUACUGCCAAUCAGUCACUGUAUAACCAAUCCAUGUAUUAUAUAAAAAUAUAAAUGUAACACUUGUUAUUAAAAGUGUAAUUUAAUGUACAUCAUCACAAGAAAUGUUUACUUUUUUAAUUGUUAGACAUGUUUAGAUCAGUAUCUUGUUUUCUUUGUGUGAAUGAUAUGUUGUAAAAUAAACAGAAAUGCAAUCAA